CAACUGCGAAUGUUGUCUAAUUUCUCCUUACGGCUGUUUUUAAAAUCCGGUAGAAUCGUUCCGGCAAGAUAUAAAAUGAGCAAAGUGUUUAAGGAGUGUUUCUUGAAACCGUUGGCGGAUCGGCACCCUCCCAUUCGGAUCGAAUCGGAACGGAAGUUUGUUGGCCGAAGCCCCGAAACCCUUAUCCAGGAUCCGUGUUGUUCGCGACAGCAGGUUUGUCUGAAAGCCAAUUUUAAGGAUGGUUAUGUACUAGUUAAAAGUUUAGGUUCAAACCCCUCAGUACUGAACGGCAAGCAGUUGGAGAAGAAUUUGGGAUAUGAAGCAUAUCACGAAGAUAUUCUAGAGUUACUCCCGGGAACUCACCAGUACGCAUUCGAGUUUAAAUUUGAACCAAGCGAAGUUCCUACAGAAAAUAAUAUAGGUCGUAGUGUGAAGAAGGACGAAAAGGUGAAAAAGGAUACGAAGAGUGAGAAAGUGAUUAAUGAAGAUCACAAAAAAGAAAAAGUCAAAAAGGAUACUGGUAAGAAAGAUAAAGCAAAGAACAUCGAGCGAAAGCAAACAGACGACAAGGAGAAACGAGAUUCGCACAAAAGAAGUUUAUCGAAAAAUGAGCAGAUACGAGAUAGGGAGGAAUCGCAAAAUAAAAAAAUACGACUCGAUGAAAAGUCUAAUGGAAAGGAUAGCAAAGCAGGGCUUAGUACGGGUCUUAACAGUUAUAAUAAGACACCUGCAAAAGCCCAGGAAAACAAGUGGGAGGACGUUGAUUCUAAACAACUGUACAUUUUUACUAGCAAGGAUGUGGUGGCUUCGGACAAGAUUGCUGCCUAUGAUAUGGACGGAACGCUGAUUAAAACGAAAUCGGGGAAUGUAUUCCCCAAAACGAUAGAUGAUUGGCAAAUUGCCUUCUCGGAAGUGCCGGGAAAACUGAAGUCGUUGUUCAAAAGCGGGUUUAAGAUUGUUAUUUUCACUAAUCAGGCUGGUAUAUCGAAAGGAAAGUUGAAGAUUGAAGACUUCCGGAAAAAGAUUGAGGCUUUGCAGUCAAAGUUGAACGUACCGAUGCAAGUUUUCAUCUCUACAGGCAAAGGAAAGUACCGGAAACCUCUAAUGGGCAUGUGGGAUAUCCUAUGUCAACUAUACAAUGAUGGCAUAAAAGUGGACAAAGCAAGAAGUUUUUAUGUUGGUGAUGCUGCCGGGCGACCAGAGGUGAAAAAACCUAACAAGCGAAAAAAGGAUCAUUCAUGCGUUGAUCGACUGAUGGCUUUAAACGUUGGAAUUUCUUUUCUAACGCCGGAGGUUCAUUUUCAAGGUGCCAAAGACAGCGAGUGGAUCAAACCGGAGUUCGAUCCUACAGCUGCAUGUGCGACUCGUGAGCUCCUGUCGCCGACGGGAAGUAAACUGCUUUCCACUGAUCCGGAAGUAAUUGUAAUGGUCGGUUUCCCCGGGUCUGGCAAGAGCUUUUUCGCUAAGACACACCUGGAGACGAAAGGCUAUGUGCUGAUCAACCGAGAUGUGUUGGGAUCUUGGCAAAAAUGCGCCUCAUUACUGGAGAACACUCUUCGAAGCCGGAAACGGGCUCUUGUGGAUAAUACUAAUCCGGAUAUUGAAAGCAGAAAACGGUUCGUUGAUAUCGCAAGAAAAAUGAACGUUCCUUGUAGGUGCUUUGUAAUGAGUGCGAGUUAUAAGCAGGCUAAACACAACAACGUAUUCCGGGAGUUGACAGAUAGAUCCCAUUCUUCGAUCAACGAUAUGGUAUUCAAUAUGUACAAAUCUAAAUAUCAGGAACCAUCACUGAGAGAAGGCUUCAAAGAGAUUGUAAAAGUGAAUUUUUUGCCCAAGUUCGACUCCGACUCUGACGCAAAACUCUACAAGCUAUAUCUGCUGGAAAGUUAAUGUAUCCAGUUUAUUUAUUCCGAAAAACGAUUUCAUACCGUAUUUUCACAAUUAAGAUGAUCAAAAAUUCGUUAUACAAUCACAGUUCACAUUCUCACAGAUGAAAUAAAGGGACUGUUCGGCACAAACAUUGUCGU